AUUCAACAACAAGAUGCUUUACCCUAAACUACCACAAAUCUGAAACAAAACACAGAGUCCGUUCGGCCCAUUGGAUCGUGACUAACCCAGUGGGAAACCCGCCAAAACCUCCAGGCAUGACGCCAUCCACCCGGAAGUACGGUUGGCGGUUUCCAUGGUGACCGAGCUGCGGCCUAGGUGCGCGCCAUGAGCCUGGGCCUGGCGUUCAGCCGCUUCGGGAGAGCGGCGGCCGCGGUCCCCCGGCUGCUGGGGGCGGCCUCGGGACGCGGGUGGUCUCCAAGCCGCGGAUUCUUCGUUUCUCCGGGCGGCGGUGGCCGGCUGUGGGUUCCGGGGACAGGCCUUGCCCAGGCCGCCGCCGCCAGUCACUACCAGCUGGUGUACACCUGCAAGGUGAGGCCCCGGCUCCAGGAGCUGCUUCAGGCCCCGGGACUAAUCCCCCAGAUCCCCCAGAGCCCCACCCCUCCAGGGGGAAAGGAGACACUCUCACUUGGUCAGGUGUGCCAAGCAAGAUCUAUGAAGAGGAUCUCCAAACUUGCCUAUCACAAUGGAGUGGUCAUUGUGAAGUGCCCUGGGUGUAGCAAUCACCAUAUCAUAGCAGACAAUCUGGGAUGGUUUUCUGACCUUGAUGGGAAAAAGAAUAUCGAAGAAAUAUUGGCUGCAAAGGGUGAGAAGGUUCAACGUGUGGUUUUCGAUGGUUCACUGGAAAUUACCACAAAUGGAAUCAACUGUGAGGAACCUGAGGGGGACCAUUCUAACAAAGCUCUGGACUCUGGAGAUCAACCAAAAUCCUAAUCCAAUCUGAAACAUUUAAGUGACAGAGAACAGUCAUUGUGAUCCUGCUGUGAGCAGGCCGUAUUCCUUUGGUUUAGAGGGAGCAAGUUCCACCAAGAGAUAAAAUCAUACAGAUAAAUUGCAAUAACUAAAGUUGAUUUCUGUCGUUGCAGUCUAUGCAAAUCUCAGUUAUUGCAGCCAAGCCAGAGAAAUGUGCUUUCAAAUUUAUUGAGAAGGAUUUUAAAAUUCCAGAUGCCUGUUUGAGAAGCCGGUUGACAGCAGGAUAUUGGGCAAUCAGUCUGUCCAGUCAGCAGUUUUGGAAAUUCCUCAGCAGGUAGCUAGGUUUUUGAAAGAAUUGAACCAGAUCAUUGUGGGGUUGACCUGGUGGAAGUCAUUACUUUAAUCCAGUAACAGUUUCUAAAACAAGGAACUUCAAAACCUCUUUCUUAAUCUCAGAGGUUUAGAUAGUGAGCAUAUGGAAACUAUCAAAUCCUGGUUAGAGUCAUAGAGAUGCACAGCAUGGAAACAGACCAUUCGAUCCAACUCAUCCAUGCCAAGCAGAUAUCCUAAAUAAAUCUAGUCCCAUUUGCCAGC